AUGCCCAUUCCCGGGAUUGCUGCCAUGAUAUGGAAUAGAAUAGCGGACUUUCUUUCUGAGGUGUGGUCUAUCCGAAUAGCUAGAAGCAGAGCGAUAAGAAGAAGAGCGGUGGGUUUCCAAGAACCGGAGAUGGUCUUAUCUAUAUACGGAACAGCACGAACAAUCCUUGACCUUUCGAUUGAGGGUCUUAAGCAGUGGGCUUUCCAUAAGCGGAAAGGAAUAAGUGGGAUAAAGGGUAAACCAGAUAGCACAAUGAUCCAUUUCCAUUUCCAUUCUUCCCUUCGCUGUCUUCCUUGUCUGAUCGCAGUAGCUUUAGCAAGGACUAUCGGAUCUGACGGAAGAACCGCGAGUAUGAUAACAGAUCUUGUUUUCCCCUUUCUAAUUGUGGGUGUAUCGGGGACUUCCGGGGAAUCAAGCUCAUCAAAACCUUGCCCUCGGUGGGACAUUGACUUAAAUCGUCCUCCAGCGGCUGAGCCGGAGCCUGCCUCCUCCACAUCGGACCACCCGAAGGAGGUAGUGGAUCAAGCUCUCUCGGAAGCGGAGGAUAGGAUUCUGUAUCGAUUACGCCCAUUCCCUCAAGCAAAUGCGGACAAGCUGCUUAUGGAGGAAGCGCGAGCGAUCGCUCAACUAAAAGAAAGGGCAGAUUGUCGAUCGAAUGGCGCAAUUGGAUUCCGCCUUGGCCCUAUGCCUUUUGGCGAGAAAAAAAAUGCAAUUCAUUUCAUUAUUGGGGAGUCAAUCCUUACGAAUAGGCAAACUGAGUAUCCUUCCCAUAAACUGUCUCAGAUGCUUGAGGAAUUGUGUCGCGCGGAUGCCCACACAUCCUCUAUCUACUUUUAA